AUGGCAAAUAAAGUGGCAAUCUUCGGAGCACAUGGUAAAGUGGCCCAAUUGCUCAUUUCCAAGCUUGGAAGCUCAAAAUACGAACCAUUGGCCCUGGUGCGCAAGCAGGAGCAGGUUGAUGAUUUCAUUGCUGGAGGAGUAGAUGCCAAACUGAUUAGUCUGGAAGAUGACACUUUGGGAAAGAUUGCAGAGGCUAUAAAAGGAUGCUCUGCUGUUGUUUUCUCCGCCGGUGCAGGAGGUAAGGGAGGAGCUGACAGAACUGUUGCUGUUGACCUGGACUCUGCUGUGAAGGCCAUGGAGGCUACGGAAUUGAAUAAUAUCAAAAGAUUCAUCAUGGUUAGUGCAAUUGGCGCUGAUGAUAGAGAUUUUUGGUAUUGGAAUAUUCCAUCUUUGAGAACUUACUAUAUCUGUAAAAAGUAUGCUGAUCGUGAAUUGAGGAGAACGAAUCUGGACUGGACCAUCCUCCAACCUGGUGCUUUGAAAGACAUCCCGGAAAAAGGUUCUUUACAACCAGAGAAUGAAAUUUUCCAAACCAAAACCUACGAAACAGUAGGAAUUAGCAGAGCAGACGUCGCUGAGGUAAUUCUUCAGUCAUUGGAGCAUCCUAGUACUAUCCACAAGACUCUAACUUUGAUCAAUGGAGACGUUCCUAUCCAGAAAUGGAUCAAGAAUCACAAGAAUUGA